AUGGCCUCGUCAAGGCCCAUAUUACUCCGGUUCGAGAGUCGAAACGGCCAGUUCCGGUUAACUGUGAAUCCGACAGACGAAUUCCCGUCACUUCUUCCCAAGGUUCUCGAGAACUUGCCAAAUAACGCUGCUCCCUCGUCUGUUGUACUUUCAAACAAAGCUAUAGGCACUGGAGGCCAGGAGAGAAAUAUUUCGUCGCUGAAGGGAAUUACUAUCCAGCGGGUUGGGCUGUCUCAUGGAGACAAGCUUUUUGUUGGCUAUGAUGAAGAAACCAGUCGAGCAAAUGGUAGCGCAAAUGGGUUCCCUUCAACCACCUCCCUACUCCAUGAUGCACCACGCCGUCUAGAUGGCGUCGCAGUGCCGCCACAAGAGCAGCGUCCCGCUCUUCCCGUCCAGAUCUCCUCAUCGCCCGCAGCGCUCAUCAAGAACCCGUGGGAGGUUGUCACGCAGUCACCGCUCGACGAUCGAUUGGAUCGACAGGAUGGAAAGAUAAGCCGUAGCCUGGAUCAUAAAAUGUGCCGCCAUGGACCCAGAGGCAUGUGUGACUACUGUAUGCCCCUCGAACCGUAUGCACCCGAGUAUCUUGCGGAGAAGAAGAUAAAACACCUGUCUUUUCAUUCGUAUCUUCGGAAAAUAAACUCGUCCACGAACAAGCCGGAGCUGAAAAGCUCUUAUAUACCCCCCCUCUCGGAACCCGACUACAGAGUCAAACGAGAUUGCCCGUAUGGUCAUCCGGCUUGGCCUGAGGGCAUUUGCACCAAGUGCCAGCCUAGCGCAAUUACACUGCAGCCACAACCCUUCCGCAUGGUUGACCAUGUUGAGUUUUCUUCUCCCGACCUCAUCAAUUCAUUGUUGGAUUUCUGGCGAAAAUCUGGAGCUCAAAGACUUGGCUUCUUAUAUGGGACAUACGAAGAGUAUACCGAGGUUCCGCUUGGGAUAAAGGCCGUCGUCCAGGCAAUCUAUGAGCCGCCGCAGGUCGGUGAAGUGGAUGGUGUCACGCUUCACGAGUGGAGCAACGAAAAGGAUAUUGACGAGGUGGCCAAGUUAUGCGGGUUGGAGAAAGUGGGGGUUAUUUUCACGGACCUGCUGGACUCGGGCGCCGGGGAUGGUACAGUUAUCUGCAAGCGGCAUAUUGACUCCUACUAUCUCUCCUCUCUGGAGAUUGUGUUUGCUGCACAGCUACAGGCUAGGUACCCCAAAGCAUCAAAAUGGAGUGAAACGGGCCGGUUUGGAUCAAAUUUUGUGACUUGUGUCCUCAGCGGGGAUGAAGAUGGUGCAAUUUCAAUCAGCGCAUACCAAGCGUCUAAUUCCGCGGUUGAAAUGGUAAAAGCAGACAUCAUUGAACCUUCAGCAGAUCCGGGUGUUAUGCUUGUGCAACAGGAGAACGAACCCGAGGAUGAUUCCAGUAAAAUCCGAUACAUCCCGGAGGUAUUUUACCGCAAGGUUAAUGAGUACGGUGCCAAUGUUCAGGAGAACGCAAAACCCAGUUUCCCUGUUGAAUACCUGCUUGUCACCCUAACCCACGGGUUCCCCACUGACCCUAACGCCGUGUUUAAGAAUUCAACCUUUCCUAUUGAAAAUCGCGCGGCCAUUGGAGAGAGCCAGGAAUUGAAAUCUCUUUUCGAUCAGCUAGUAUCCCACAAUGACCCUCACCAGGUGUUACGGGCUGUAUCUGACUUCCAUCUUCUCUGCUUUCUCUGUGGUCUUGGUAUCUUGAGUAAGGACGAAGAAUCGCUCUUAUGUACCGUCGCCCGGACCCAUGAUCCCGCGGAUGGUAUGCAGUUGGUCAACACACCCGGCUGGGCCACCCUGAUUGCCAUACUUCAGGAGAGCGGUGAGCGGCCCCCUAAACGCCCUUGGCCCUUCCAGCCACAAAAUUCUCUCUCUUCUCACCGGCGUUCCAAACGUUCAGCCGUUCCUAAGUCGGAGCAUUCCCCUUCCGAUGGUGAACAGCUUGCUAAGAGGUUUAAGGGGACUAGCUUAGGGUAG